GUGCCCUUUACCAAGGAGAAUAUGCCUUGGUGUCAUUGCCCUUUCAAAAACGAAGCAUACAGGACUAGCAGAGUAGGCGUAUUUUUCUACUAUGUCACGAAGCUUGAUAAUUCUUUUAUUUUCUUGUUUUACCUAAUGAUUUAAUCAUUCUCAAUUAUGAGUUUAUAGUUAAUUUGUUAGGGAUUAUGCGCUAAUUAUGGCUCGAGCAUACAGUUUGUUAUUUUGUGUGAGUACUACAAAAGACAAUCACACUAUGCAAACUACUUUGUGCUAAUUGUUUUUUAAAUAAUCUUCUUAUUAACAAUCAUUAACAAUAGUUAAAAUAGGAGAGCUCUGCCCAGCAUAUUCUUGGGGUAAUUACUGUCCAUAAAAUGUGCCUUUCGUUUGAAAAUCUAUUUAAAUGUUGGGAGUGCAGCCUUUUUACGUUAGUCUUGUCGCAUACAAGCAUCAUCAACAACCUUACUAACAUUAUCUUCGUCUACAACACAAAACGGAGCAAGAUUCAAAGGCAGUAUGUUUCUCGUCAACCUCGUGCCCCUGCUUCUGCUAGUCGGUGUGUUGACUCAAUCAGGAGUAGAUGCAGAUGAACAACUAGGGGAACAAGCGAAUAAUCUUCGAGAUACGGUGAAAUCCUUGUAUGACAAGUUUAUCGAGUACAGCAUCAAUGAUGAUACGGAUGCCCUGAUAGGUUUACAUGACGAAAAAUGCAGUAUACUGAUUGACGGUUUGCCACCCACUACUGGAGUUGACGAAAUACGAUCUUUGUUGAAGCUGAUACCCGAGAGAGCCGUUCACAUUGAGCCCACCUAUUGGGAUGUAAAGGCGAUGGAUAGCAAUGCAGAGUAUGUGUACCUCACGGUGCAUCUCGAUUAUUUCAAUGAAGCGGGUGAAAUAAUCAUAGCUACAAAUGGAAUAAAUAUCCUAAGGAAGAAUCCAGAUGGAUACAAGGUUUACAUCGUGAUAAUCAACAGACAUAAUCAACAAUUAGCUUAGUGUAGCGACGUAUACACUUUAAACUCAUACCGUAAAGGUACAGGCCUACCUCAGCUGAGGUCUCGAAUUCAAUUAAAAUAUUUUUGUGAGGAAAUACUUCUUUCUUAAAAACUAAGUUAA